CUGUCUGUAGUACUCUGUAGUACUUUCUGUGAAACUGUUUGUAACCUUCUAUGUGGACAACUUUUUGGUUACAUCACAUUGGUGAUGUCUGAUUGACAGAUGAGGUCAUCAACAGGUGACCACUCGUAUCACUUUUGGGACUUUUUUAUCGUCAGAUUCUCAUGACACGGACAUUUAAAACAUAUACCGUGAUUUGUUUACUUCGUCAUAUUCCCAGCAGCAGAGACCUAAUUACUCACUUUAUCAGCUUCCUUAUUGAUUAUCAGCCGCGGUAUUGAUAAUGAGUCAUUAAUCAUUUUCAGCUCAGUAAAAGCUGAUCCCAGAUCAGACUCAGAGUCCGACAGUGUCCUGAGGCGUCGGUCUGCUCUACACCAGAGAAACUAACAGCCGUCAGUAUGACGCGGCGUCUGUCGUCCCUGGAGUUUCUCCUCUGUGUCGUUUCCUCUCUUCUUCUGAUCUGUUGUGUCGGAUUGAUCGUGGUGUCGUGGUUCAGCCUGAGGCCUGAAGGUGCCGUUGAGCCCGCGGUGCUGACUGGUCGCAUGGUGAUCACCGAGGGAGCCCAGUUCUCCGAGGAGCUGAAGAACUCCAGCAGUCGGCUCUUUAAAUCUCUGGCCUUUGACGUCCAGCAGCUGGUGUCUGAGGCGUUCGGCCUCACUGAGCUCAGACGACUCUAUCGGUCCUGUCAGGUGUUAGACUUCAGUCAGGGCAGCGUGGCCGUGACCUUUGACCUCUGGUUCUAUCAGCUGAUUGGUGUGAAGGACGCGGAGCUGCAGCUGAGGGCGGGACUUAAGGAGGCAGAGGGAAGGGGAUUGUUGAUUGACAGCAAUAGCAUCCAGAUCACAGAGAAACCUGACGUGACGACAGCAGCACCGACGAGCGUCACGUCUUCGACAGUGACGUGUCGUCCUCAUCAUAAACCCUGUGCUGAUCGAUCGAUGUGCAUCCUGAUCAACCGCUUCUGUGACGGAGUGAACGACUGUUCCGACGCCUCCGACGAAGACGGCGAUCGCUGUGCGACAGCGUGUGACGGACAGUUUGUGCUGAGAGGACCGAGCGGCUCGUUCAGCUCGUCAGACGUUUCUGAUACGUACAAGAACAACAGCGUCUGUCGCUGGAUCAUCAGGGUCGAUCAGGGAUUUUCAGUUCGAGUCGACUUCCAUAAGUUCGUAACAGAAGAAAACAUCGACACUGUGAAACUGUACGCAGGAGUCGGACCACACAAACAGCUCACAGCUGAGCUCUCAGGCUCCGCCCCUCCUGGGACAGUUUGGCUGCUGACUGACCAAUCAACUGUGGAGUUUAUCUCUGAUGACGUCAACAACCUGUCGGGGUUCAACGCCACCUACAGCACCGCCAACCUCUCCGACCUCUCCAACGAGAAGAAGCUGACCUGUACCUUUGAGCAGGGCAUGUGCUUCUGGAGGCAGCAGCAGGACGAUGACGAUGGAGACUGGAUUCGAACCAGCGGUUCCACGUUCCCUCUGCUGACCGGCCCCAGUGCCGACCACACGCUGGGUAACAGCUCCGGUUUCUACAUAGUCACAUCUCUGAGUCCCGGCCAAUGGCUGAAGAGCUUCAGGAUCCACAGCCUCCCACUGACUCCGCCCACACAGCCCAUGUGUCUGAGCUUCUGGUACCACAUGUUUGGAGAAGACGUUCACCGCCUCAGGGUCCUGCUGCUCCGAUCGUCUCCAUCACAACCGGAGCCCGCCGUCACCGUGGUGUUCCAGAGAGACGGUAACUAUGGCGACAACUGGAACUACGGCCAAGCGACCCUAAAUCUGACGGACGAGGCCACGGUGACGUUUGAGGCCCUGAAGAAAGGUGGGAUGAGGAAUGACAUAAGUCUGGAUGACAUCUUCCUGACCCCUAAUCCCUGUGGCCCCUCCCCCCCAGAACCCACCAAUGUACCGCCGCCUAUGACCACGCCCCCUAUACCAGCUGACUGUGGAGGACCCUUUGACCUCUGGGAGCCAAACUCCACCUUCAGCUCACCAAACUACCCACACUCCUACGGGAACAAGGCUAAGUGUCUGUGGACUCUCCACACUGUGCAGGGUCAAAACAUCCAGCUCCACUUCCUGGACUUCAACAUCGAAGCGACCUAUGAUGUCGUAGAAGUGCGGGACGGGGCAGGACCUAACUCCACUUUGCUUGCCGUCCUCACUGGUGACGAUGGCCCAGCCCACGACUUGUUCUCGACGACCAAUCAGAUGACAGUGUGGUUCUUCACAGACUCCUCGGGUCACAGCCGAGGAUUUAGGGCCAACUUCACCUCUGGGGUCGACCUGGGGUCACCAGCUCCAUGUGCAGCCGGUCAGUUCCAGUGUCGGACAGGAAGUUGUAUCCAUGGCAACAGUCAGUGUGAUGCUGUGGUCGACUGUCCUGAUGCAUCUGAUGAAGCCGAUUGUGUUGUGUUACAGGUGAACGGUUCAAAUCGUCUCCGGUUUCAAAUCGGCUCGACUCUUUCCACGUCUUGUGCUGAUACCUGGAACUCUCACCUGUCUCGCCUCACCUGUCAGUACCUGGGCUACAGGUCUGGGGAGGCGUCUCUGAUUCCGGCUUUGCCACAAGAUUCACCGUUUUCAAUCAUCACAGUCACCAGUAAUGGAACAAUGGAAGCCACAGUCAGUGAAACGUGCUCCAGUGAAAAGGUGAUUGAUCUGAACUGUGACAACCAACUGUGUGGAGUUCGCCUUGUCAGUAAUAUGACGAAAGACGCUGACCAAUCAGAAGAGAGGAAACCUGGUCAAGUUGUGGCCCGGGUGGUGGGCGGAGCCGACGCAGUGAAAGGGGCUUGGCCGUGGAUUGUGUCGCUGCAGUGGCGAGGUCGUCAUUUGUGCGGAGCCUCGCUGAUUGGCAGCGAUUGGCUGCUGACUGCUGCACACUGUGUCUACGGGAAGAACAUCCACCUCCAGUCCUGGUCGGCCCUUUUCGGUCUUCAUGCUCAGAGUGAUACAAACUCUUUGGAGGUUCAGACCCGACGAGUCGAUCGCAUCGUCAUCAACAGACACUACAACAGGCGAAGCAAAGAGGCCGACAUCGCCAUGAUGCAUCUGCAGAAGCCAAUAAACUUCACCCAGACGAUCCAGCCGCUGUGUUUACCUGCCGAGGGUCAGGAAGUAACAGCAGGAGGACGAUGUUUCAUCGCUGGGUGGGGACGAGAUGCUGAACAGGGCUCUCUCCCUGACGUUCUCCAGGAGGCUGAGGUUCCUCUGGUGGUUCAGGAUCAGUGUCAGCGUCAGUUACCUGAGUUCACCAUCACCUCCAGCAUGCUGUGUGCUGGGUACCCUGAGGGAGGGGUCGACUCCUGCCAGGGCGACUCCGGCGGUCCACUGAUGUGUCUGAAAGAUGGGCACUGGACUCUGAUUGGUGUGACCUCUUUUGGGAUUGGGUGUGGACAACCUGGGAGACCUGGAGUGUACGCCCGAGUCUCUGCCUUCAGCUCCUGGAUCGCCCAGACCAGACGCUCUGAGGCCCGUCGACAACGGGAGCUGCCGGCGGCUGCAGGGGCGGAGUUUAAAAAGACAGACUUCAAGUCGGACACUUUCUACUUCCUGUAGCGUCAGUGAGCCAACAACAAUGGCCGACCUCAAGUGUUUUUAACAUCUCAGUUAAAUCAAAUUACUGAUUUAUGAAAACAUACAGGGUGAGGGGUUGAGGUGUAUGAAAACAUACAGGGUGAGGGGUUAAGGUGGAUGAAAACUUACAGGGUUAGUGUUUAAGGUUUAUGAAAAAACAUACAUGGUGAAGGGUUAAGGUGUAUGAAAACUUACAGGGUUAGUGUUUAAGGUGUAUUAAAACAUACAGGGUGAGGGGCUAAGGUUUAUGAACAUGUACAGGGUGAGGGGUUGAGGUGUAUGAAAACAUACAUGGUUAGUGGUUAAGGUGUAUGAAAACACAGGGUAAGGGGUUAAGGUGUAUGAACAUGUACAAGGUGAGGGGUUAAGGUGUAUGAAAACAUGCAGGGUGAGGGGCUAAGGUGUAUGAAAACACACAGGGUUAAUGGUUAAGGUGUAUGGAAACAUGCAGGUUGAGGGGUUAAGGUGUAUGAAAACAUGCAGGGUGAGGGGUUUCGAUGUAUGAAAACAUGCCAGGGGUUAUGUUGUAUGAAAACAUGCAGAGUGAGGGGUUAAGGUGUGAGUCAAACUUUUAGAGAAUAUUUUUUUAUUUAUUUCUGUUUAAUUUAGAAUCAUAAUAAUAAUAAUAAUAAUAAUAAUAAUAAUAAUAAUAAUAAUAAUAAUGAUAAUAAUAAUAAUAAUAAUAAUACAUUUUAUUUUUCGGCGCCUUUCAAGACACUCAAGGAAACCUGACAAAACAUAAACAUUGAUUUAAAUUUAGUUGCAUUGCCUACAAAUUGUGUUCACUAUUGCUCGACAAAUGUUGAAUCAUAGACUGUAAUAAACAGGAGGUUGAAAAUAAA